AUGGCAAAGAAGCGGGAGAUCGAGGCACUAAGGGAAGAGAAUAGCAGGCUCGCCGCAAUCAUGGAUAGGUUAAGAUUAGCACCAGAAACAGAAGCAAUAGCUGCACUCCGCGAGCUGCGACAGACAACUACAGCAGAGGACCCAGCAAGCUUCCUACCGUAUUCUGUACAAGCCCCCUUUACGUUACCAUUAGCAUCAGUCAGUGCUCCAACUCAAGGGAGUAUCGAGUUUGAGCUGAUGAUUCGUCAUGCUAUUGCCUAUCCCACGCUGGCGCCACUGGACGCGGCAGCUACUGGCGAUCUAUCUCGAUCCAUGGAUAGGGAGUGGGAAUUGCAUGAGCUAAAGACCGUGUUCUGCUACAGUCUGAACCCGCCAACGGCAUCCACAAUGUCGGAACCCGAAACCAGUCAGCCGAUCGUUUCGCCUGCACCGAGCUGGAACGAACCACAUGGUGAAGUAAAGUCGACGGCCUACUGCGAUGCGCGGCUAGACCUAUUAAAUAUCAGCUUUUGGAGUAGGCUAGUUAUUACCAGGGAGCUGGCUGCAACGUUGAUAUCCCUAUAUCUCGAGACGGAUCAUCCCACGCUUGGACUUUUCGAUGCCAACCUAUUUCUGGUUGAUCUUAUUGACUGUCGCACUCGUUACUGUUCUCAGCUUCUUGUUUCUGCUAUUCUUUCGUGGGCAUGUCAUGCGUACAGUACUUUUGAUCCACAGGCAACUGCACUUGGCGAAGCGUGUUUCAAUGAAGCCGAUUCUUUGUGGAAGGUGGAACAAAGUUUUGACUCGCUGCCUACUGUCGCCGCUGCCCAGCUUCUCAGCCUCUCGAGCAUAUAUAAUGGACAUAACGGGGGUAUUCCAUACUUAAAUCUAGGCAUCGAAAUGGCUCAACGAAUGGGUCUGUUCGGACUUCCAAACCUUGCGAUGGUUGACCCGUCGGUUGAAGAGGGUCGAAAGCCAGAUGACUGGACGAUGGCAAAGUCGCACACUGCUUGGGGCGUGUACAACUGGAUUGUUAUGCGGUCUUUAAUGUUUCAAGAGGAGGAGCCAGCGGCGAGAUAUCCGCCAAAUACUGAUCCGCCUGGCAAAGGUGUCCAUCUCACCUCGAACAAUUGGACUGGGGCCGCAACACAUCCACCAAGCUUGCCAUACUACAUGGGCAGAACAUUUCCAGCCACCUGCGAAUUUUGGUUGCUCACUCGCGAGUGGACAACGGUCUACUAUGUGUCUGGCAGGAUGCCUAUUCGGGAUCGUGUGUCUCUGCACUUUGCACGUGGGAUAUUUCAGAGGCUGCUGGCUUGGUCCGACAAGCUGCACACGAUGCUGGUGAGGGGAGACAAAAGCUCCCACCAUAGCAUCAUCUUUCAAAUCUGGUUCCACGUCUCCAUACUUCAGCUGUUCCGACCCUUUGCGCGACCGGCCGCUGCCGCAACUGACCUCCUCAUCCAAGAUGACUUUGCAGUGGCCGUAUUCACGGCCUCUCUAAAUCAACUUAAACAUCUUACAACCAUGUUCCACUCUACAUACCCAUGUGCACAGUACGCUGCGUUCUGGCACGUCGCGCCAUUGCAUAUUGCAAAUGCCGUACUGCAAAACACCAGUGACCCCUACUGGUGGCCAUACUUUAUGCUCUGCCUGGACAGCUAUGCAGAUCUAUACGGCGCAUUUCGCGUCGCCGGGGCUAUUAAUAAGAGCCUCUUGUCGAUUGCCCUUCGCUUAAAAGUCAUCACCCCAUCGAAAGCCCAGGCCCUCAUGGCGCAAGUCGAUGAAAAGGGGAUUCACCACAGUCAUGACCAAAGCAUCAGCGCAAGUUUCAUUGUUGAUCUCGACUUGGCCGAUGUGGAUCCUCUGGCCGCGCAGCUAAUGAGCCUAAGUAACUCGUUUGAUGAUAUGGCCUUGUUUGGAGAGUUUACGGAACUUGAGACGGAGGCCCUCGUUGCGGGGGAAGACAGCUGA